GGUAUGCAGAUUUUCGUCAAGACACUCACUGGCAAGACAAUCACUUUGGAAGUUGAGUCUUCCGACACCAUCGACAACGUCAAGCAGAAGAUUCAGGACAAGGAAGGUAUUCCUCCAGACCAGCAGCGUCUUAUUUUCGCCGGAAAACAGCUUGAGGAUGGCCGCACGCUCUCUGACUAUAAUAUUCAGAAGGAAUCCACCCUCCACCUAGUUCUUCGUCUUCGCGGCGGUAUGCAGAUUUUCGUCAAGACUUUAACCGGUAAAACUAUCACUUUGGAAGUUGAGUCCUCCGACACCAUCGAUAACGUCAAGCAGAAGAUUCAGGACAAGGAAGGUAUUCCCCCAGACCAGCAGCGCCUCAUCUUCGCCGGAAAACAGCUUGAAGAUGGUCGUACGCUCUCUGACUACAAUAUCCAAAAGGAGUCUACCCUUCACUUGGUCCUUCGUCUCCGCGGCGGUAUGCAGAUUUUCGUCAAGACACUCACUGGCAAGACAAUCACUUUGGAAGUUGAGUCUUCCGACACCAUCGACAACGUCAAGCAGAAGAUUCAGGACAAGGAAGGUAUUCCUCCAGACCAGCAGCGUCUUAUUUUCGCCGGAAAACAGCUUGAGGAUGGUCGCACGCUCUCUGACUACAAUAUCCAAAAGGAGUCUACCCUUCACUUGGUCCUUCGUCUUCGUGGUGGCCAGUAAUUUUCGAGUAUUAAUUAAAGUUGAAAAAUUUAUUAGACAAUUUGAAAAGUCAAUUGUUCUGUAAAAUAUUCGAAUCAAUAGUGACUAUCUUUAAUAGAAGGUAGAUCAAACAUCGCAUGGCCUGCAUUGUUUACUUUCAAUUACAUGUCUAUAAAUUACACAACCAAGACGCCAUGCCGGGUACAAAUAAACCUUCUUUUUUAAGAUAUAUUUUUAUCAAACAUGUUCCAUGCUGGCUUCUUGAAACCUUAUCUGGAGCAUCGUAUUCGUAUGCUCAGAGAUGUACGAGAAAAUCUACAACUGUGGAAGGAGCUACGAGACGAAAGACGUCGGAUCGUGGAUGAGAAGUUUUUUUUAAGCACAGUAAGCUUAAACAAGCGUACAGUUAGCCUGUGACAAGCAAAAAAGAGGAAAUAGUUUGUCAAUA